GGCUCUAAGAAGAACAAAUAAAAUUGAGAAGAACAAUUUUUAAGCUUUUAGAUGAGUCUAUAUUUCCAUCUGAACCAAAAAUAAAACUUCGUUAUAGAAAUGAACAAGGUAAUGGAGGAUGAGAGUUGCAAGAUAACACAUUCAAUGACACAUAAAAAAAAAACAUAAAAAACAAACAAAUACAAGAAUAUGAUCAAAGAGGUCAAUGCACUAAAAGAAAAGAAAGAAGCAACUGCAGGUUCAGUCUGUUAUAAAAUCUAAUAUAUAAACAUAAAGAGGGCUCUGAUUAGGAGAAAAAAAAGUAGAGUUUGGAUAGAAAAGGAGGAGGGUGGAGCUCUCCUUUGAUGACUGGAGCUGUGGGAAAGGGCUUCACUUUUUUCUGGGAUAUUAACAAAGCGGAGUUUAGACAGACGGCUUCUAUUUUCCGCACAUUCCACUCUUUCACUGAGAUUCACCCAUCCAUCUGCAACCAAGUCGUUUUAACCAGGAAAGACUACAAAGUAUGGGUUCGGCAGAAAGUAAAGGAUACUGUGGGCUGGUGAAUCCAAACUCCACCUGCUACUUGAAUGCAGUUCUUCAGAUGCUCUUCAUGACGAAGGAGUUCAGGGAACAUGUCAAGAGCUUGGUCAGAGACGGUGUUUCAUCUGAUGAUAACUUCAUUAGAGAGCUGAAGAAAUUGUUCAAUGAAUUGGAAACACAGAAAAAUGCAGUUUCAGCAGCUGGGGUCACAGAGAGCCUCGGCAUUACAGACGUUCAUAAACAACAAGAUGCAGCAGAACAUCUACAUGCGAUCCUUGAUCAGACUCCUGGAUCCUCUGAGUUUUUUAAGGUCUCAACGACCGAAAGAGCAUGCGUGUCAUGCAGAGACGAACACAAACAAGAACCCUGUCAGGAUUUUCUCUCAUUGAUAAUCUCUUUUAAAGACUCUCCAGAAGUGGAAAAUGCUGUAAAGGCACAUGUUGAUCAAAUGUGUGGACAGUAUCAGAUGAAUUGUCAUAACUGUAAGAAAACAACAGCCUGGAAAAGUGAGGUGAUCAGCUUUCCAGAGCUACUGAGUAUUCAGCUGAGGAAGUUUCAGAUGGGCUCACAAGGCUACAGCAGAAAUGUCCGGGAAGUGAUCAUUCGUCCUGAGAUUAAGGUUUACUCUCACAUGUAUGAACUCUAUGCCAUAGUAAACCAUUCUGUCUCAUCUCAUGGUGGACACUAUUAUGUAGACAUCAAAUGUGAAGAUGAAAUCUGGCGUCGAUUUGAUGAUCACAGAGUCUCAGAGACUCCCAGUGACGAGAUCCCCCCAUGCAGGAGUUCAGAUGCCUAUCUACUCAUGUACAGACCAUCAGUACCAUCAGUACCAUCAGCAUGCAGAUGCAGCAUUCAAUAAAUCCAGAAAUCUUGCUUUGUACAUGACUUCAGAUUCACAAGACAACACAUUUAUAAAUCAGCCUAGAAAUCUUGUUCACUGGCAAAUAUACACUGCAGAAAAGUACCAAAUCAAAACUCAUUUCAUAUUUGAUGACAUUCACACAGUUAUUGAACUGAAUCAACAUUGAACUGAAUUGAUCUGAAUAAUAACUCUAUUGUCUUCUGUAGAGCUGAUCUACAGCUGAAUCUGAAUUAUUCUCAUAUUUGAUGAAGUUUGCAUCAUUGAUUCAGUUAUUUUCCUCAUUAUUACUGUGAAGUUGAUUUAAAACAAUCUGUAACAUGAAACAUAUUCAUGCAUUUAUUCAUCUUUCAUGUUAAUCAUUUAAUGAUUUAUGGCUUAUGAUUUAUCAACAUUAUCUCUGAUUUCAUAUAUUCAUGUACUCUACUCCAUAUAUUAAUCCUCAUCAUAUUUUCAAGUAUUUACUCUUUAUUGUGCUCAUGUUAUGGUUAUUCUCUCAUCUUUAAGAGAAUGUAUUUCACUGUAUUCAGUUGUUUCGAGUGUUUCAGUGUUCAGGUUAUGUCGACACGUUUGUGGUUAGAUAUCGGACGCCUGUCAUGUACUGCAGAAGUGAUGAUCAUUUUGAACUUGAUGUACCUUUGUAUCAAAAUAUGUCUGUUUCCAUCUCUGCAGACAUGAGAUAAUGCAAUAUAUAAAUAAAUAAAACAUAAAUAAAAGUGAA